GCUCUUCUGUCCCAGCUUCUCUUCCUCACAGUCUCUUCGCUCACUGACUCCCUUCCUCCUCCUCUCCUCCUGACGCCUCUUAACUUCCUCCUGAAAAUGGAGGAAUUGUGUGUUAUCGCCGCUUUGUGUGUUGUCGCCCGUGUUCGGCUGCAGCUAGCGGACUCGGCUAGCUUCAGGAAGGACCACUAACUCCGGGAGAUCAUGGUAGUGUCAUUAUUCCACACUCAGUCUAGAUGCCACUGAGGAGACACCUGCGACCGGCCAUGAUAUAGUCUGCUGUCGUCAGUAACCUCUGUGGUGGGAAAGGCUUGAAAUCGACUUUAUAUCCACACAGGGAAGUGUCAAGAUAAAAAAUAAAGAGUGAGAACACUUCAAAGCCUACUAUUUUAGAGGACCAAAGGACAGGAGAGGACACUACUGUGGAGAGGGGGUGUUGGGGAUGGGGUUUGAGAGCCAAAGGAGGACGUCAUGGUUCACAGCGGCUCUGCUUCCCCAAUGAAAACAUCACCUACAGCAUCACCUCAUCUGACUGUUCCUGCUACAGCACCUCCUCUGCAAGUGGCACCUCCCCUAGUGCCUCCCCCUAGAGACACUUCUGGUCAGGGCCUAACACAGACCCCCGCUAAACACCUCAGCACAGACCUUACCUCUAUCUGCCCUCAGCUCUCUACUACGUCUCCUGCUGAUGCAGAUCCUGUUGUUACACCAGCAAAUGCACUUACAAGCAACUCCAGCCCAGCCUCAUCCUGGUCCUCUACGCAGACAACAACCCCUGCUCAGGGCCCAGUCAAUGGCCGUACAUCAGGCAGGAAGAGGACUCCUAAGGCCUGUGAUUGUUGUGGACCCAACAGUAAAGGACACAAUGUCAAAACCUUGGGCAGAGGGAGGGGGAGAGGGAGGGGAGCUGUUAAGGACCUCUGGGACAUUCCAAAAAGAAAAGUGGGGGCCCAGCUGACACAUAUCAAUAGCUUUGAUUUGACCAAGGAGAAGGUAGAGGAAGCAGAGGAUGAAAAUGACACGUACGAGAAGGUGCACACAACUGUAAUAAUGGCUGAUACUCACACUCUUGCUGAUACUCACACCCUCCCUCCCGUGCCUGUCACAUCCCUGCAGGACACACCAAUAAGGAACUGUUCUGCCCCAGAGACAGCAUGUACGCAGAAAAAUGAGGACAUGUUGAUAAAGGGGUUGGAGGUUCCUGGCGAAGGUGGAAAAGGAUGUGUGGUUAACAGAGAUGUGGAGAUGAGACUGUCAGGAAUGCCAGCCAGGAGAGUGGUAGUCAGAGGUAGAGGGAGGGGAAUGAUGACAGGCGCAAUGUUUGCAUCGAAAAUGAAAGUAGAAGUUAGAAUUAAGAGCCGAGGCGGGGGUUGUGUGGUUACUGGGUCUCAAGUUGAUGCCUCACCUCAGUCAACGGUAGCGUACAGUCUGGAAGAGAACAAAGAUGCACAGAUGGAACAUGGAGUGCAAACUCACCCCAGCACGUUUAAAUCUCCGUUCUGUAAUGGGGACACAGUAAAUCUGACAGACUCCGAAUCUGAAGAAGACGCUAAAGAGGAUAAUGUGAUUAUGAGUGAACUGGGAAAUGGACUGCUAUCCAUUUCAAGACAGUCAGGCUCUGCAUCAAGGUCAGAUACCCACAAUCUUGACUCUGACAUGGACCAGACUCAUGAUGGAACAGACCAAGGUUCUUUGCCAGUUACUCUGUCUAAUGGAAAUGUCACCACAUCGACAGACCAUAACCACAGAGUCACACCUAUGGAAGUGGAAACUUCUCAGUGCCCUAUUACAGUGUGCGGUGUGCAGCACCACUCGGCUUUAACAGACCACAGGCUGUACUGUCACCUGGGAACCUGGGAGAAGAAGUCGAUGGAAGAAGCGUCGGGGAAGGAUCUCUCAAAAGAAGCAGAGAUGGACGUGAAGAUGUCGAAUGAAAACAGUCUGGCGCAGCUCACUGAUAUGGUCCAUGAUUUUCUGGAGAGCUUCUACAUAAAGUAUGGCAGUUUCAUUCCCCUCAGUGAGACAGACGUCCUGGAACACCUGAAGAAGAACGGCAACUCUGACUUCAGCAAGUGGGGCCUGGACAUUAAACGAGCGAUGACUCGGUACAGGUCGAGCCUGGCCUCUGCUCCUGUCCCAGGCUUCAUGGUGAUGUAUAACAAACACUCCCUGGGCCUGGAGGACCUGGGCACACUGGAAGAACAGAAUUGGCUUAAUGACCAGAUCAUCAACAUGUAUGGAGAACUCAUUAUGGAAGCAACUCAACAAAAGGUUCAUUUUUUCAACAGCUUUUUCCAUAAGCAACUUGUUGCCAAGGGUUACGAUGGUGUGAAGAGAUGGACUAAAAAGGUCGACCUCUUCUCCAAGUGGCUGUUGCUAAUUCCCAUUCAUUUAGAAAUCCACUGGUCUCUCGUCACGGUCACCAUGGCAACCAAAACCAUCAGUUACUACGACAGCCAAGGCAUCGUCUUCAGACACACCACAGAUAACAUUAUGAAGUACCUCCAGUCUGAAGCCAGAGAGAAGGAACAGACAGCGUUUCAGAAAGGCUGGAAAAUUACUAUCAUCAAGGGUAUUCCUCAGCAGAGAAACGACAGCGACUGUGGAGUUUUUGUCCUCGAGUACUGCCGUCGUCUUUCAGUGAAGCAGCCGCUGCUGUUCAGUCAGGAGGACAUGCCUCUCAUCCGAAAGAGAAUCUACAAAGAACUGUGCGACUUUCGCCUCAACGACUGAACGACCAAAUAUACUCUUUCACUCGCUGACUGCUUCUGAGACUUCCUGUCCCAGUGUGUCAGGCGGCCAUUUUCACAGACAGCCUGAUACACAAGCUAAUACGACCACGGCCACCCAUGUUCCAGGGAGCUCGAGCCGCCCGUCGCAGAGUGGCCGUCACUUGGGACUUUUGAAGUUUAGAGUCUGCAGCUUAACAGAUUUUUUUUCUACAUGCAAGCUUGCCAAGAACUACUGACGUGGACCCCUACUGACCCCAAAAGAUGCUGGACCCCGCACACUUCAGGUUGCUUUUGCUUUCUACAUUUACCAUCCCCAGAGGACUUCAUCCAAAUGGCCCAACAGCCACCUUUCUGAACACAGAGGGGUUCUGACUUUGACUGAGGAUGCAGGCGUCGGAGCAGCCUGGACCAACGGGAAGGACUUUCCCUCACAAAUGGAAUGGCCUUAUAUCCUUCAUGGCCAUUUUAAAGUGAAUAAAGCAUUUGUUUUAGGUUUAUUUUAUGAUGGACUUUUCAGCCGCAUCAUGCCUACAAUAACACACAUUGUCCAACGUGGUAAUGAAGGUUUGUGAUUCAGUGAACCAACAGUUCACUUUAAACUUGAAAGUUUGCGCUUGUUACAUUCUCUCGGACUACAGAUUUAUUUGCACGGUCAAAGGCCUAGAAAUAGAAAAUCAGAAUGUACUGAUGGUGUUAUCCUCCCGGCUGAGACAGAGCACCACAGAGGCACAGUUCUGCUGUGGCCUGAAACAGGGAGAUGUGUUUUUUUUUUCUUCGUUAAGUUUUUGACAUCUGCUCUCCAAAUCAUUUCAUAUUAAAAUUCCACUUUUUCCACCACAUGCUUUUCUGCUGUUUUGUCUGUUUUUCUCUGAUCACGUUUUGCACAUGCAACGACGUCAGUGACGGUUUGACUUUUGAAUCCAUCGGUUUGAGUGGAAAACAGUUUCUGAUCCUGGUUAGCAAAUUUGACGUUAGCUGUUCAGCUUGCUGCUGAGAAGUUGUUUUUGUUUUCAGGCAUUUCUUCAGCUUUAUGUUGUCACUCACAGAGAAACAAGUGAACCUCAGUUCUUUUGAUUUAAAUCUUCUGUCCAACCUUGGUUUUGUUGUUGUAUUCACUUAUGUGUAUUUACAGAUUGUAUUGUACUUUUACUGGCCUACUACUGUACAUACUUGCUUUGACUAAACACCACGGCAGUUUCGGGACUGUUUUUAUCGUUGUUAUUAAAAAGCCAAUUCUG